GGAGCACAGAAGACCAGGAGAUGUACAUUUUUAACUUGACAUCACUCACAGAGUCCGAAAACGUCUUGUCAGCUUCAGUAUAUUAUUAUAUUGGUGAUCUGCUGCACGUCAGGUGGAACUGUUCCCAGUCCAGCAGUUGUUCUCAUCACAAGCACAAGGCACCUGAAAUUCAGAUACAUCUUUCGGUUUGGACCUUUCCUUCUGUUGGGAACCAGACUCGGAGCCUGGGACAUUUCCUAAUAAACGUCUCCACUGCUUACCAGGAGGUCCUCUCCUGGCAGUGGAAGGAUAUCACUCGACUUCUGCACAAAGCAAAGCAAACCAACGAACUCCUGAUCAGUGUCAAACUGGCUCUGAUGAGCCACCACCCCUGGGAAAGGGCACCUUCUUGCUAUGAACCCUACAUCCUGAUUUACGCCAAUGACUCUGCGAUCUCAGAGCCAGAGAGAGUCGUCUCUAGUCACCGCCAUCCUCUGGCAAGGGUCUUUCCUAGGCCAGGAAACCGCGUGAGGAGCAGCCUGGGGAAGCGGCGACGAAAACGCUCUGCAAACGUCCUAUUGCCGUUGCAGAAUAACGAGCUUCCCGGAGCUGAGUAUCAGUACGGUGAGGACGAGAGAUGGGAAGACAGAAAACCCUACAAAACCUUCCAGCCACAGUUAGCAGAAAGGGCCAAGAGUAAGAAAAAGCAGAGGAAGAAUCAUCACCAGAAGAGCCAGACUCUCCAGUUCGAUGAGCAAACGCUGAAGAAGGCAAGGAGGAAGCAGUGGAACGAGCCACGGUAUUGCUCCCGGCGCUAUCUCAAGGUGGAUUUUGCAGACAUUGGCUGGAGCGAAUGGAUUAUUUCCCCUAAAUCCUUUGACGCCUAUUACUGCUCAGGGGAAUGCCAAUUCCCAAUUCCAAAG